CACAUACGUGAACCAGUGACAUAACGACGGGAUUAUAACCUAACUUGAUCAAAACACAAAAUUUUGUAGGAUCGGAAUUGUGAUGAGAGCGAUCUGUUUUUCCGAGUUUUUAACGUUUUGAAAGGAUGGCUGCUGUGAAAUUCGGAAAACACAUGAAAGAGUUGAGGAUCUUCCUCUGCCAAACGUCCAAAUCUAGUCAAGGCGUUAGAGACUUCAUCGAGCAACAAUACGUACCACUGAAGAAAAAUAACCCGAGAUUUCCUGUUUUGAUCAGGGAAUGUUCGUCAGUUGAACCGAAACUGUAUGCGCGUUAUGAGUAUGGCGUGGAACGUAGCGUGCCUCUGUCGAACCUGAAAGCUGAAGAGAUACUUGGAAAAGUUAAAGAACUGGCGUCUCAAAAAUAGAUGUACUUUAUUAUGUUAAUGAAUAUGUGUAUCAUAAUAUGUAUAGUGUUUUAAUAAAAUAGUAUAUCAAUUGAAAA